UUGUACAAGUGAUAAAUAUAUUUAAAACAUUUUUUUAAAAAGCGAAAACGUUGCAAUGGACUUAUGAUGUUAGCCAGUACUAAGGUCUUUGCUAGAGCCUGCUGGCCUAUUGCAACGCGUUUCGCAACUUUAGCAGGAGUAGAAAACUAUCGUUAUCCCAUAAGGAGUCCAGAGAUCUUGACAUGUAACAUUACUUGCAAACGAAGCAUUACAUCCAUUCAUGAAGAAUUUACUAGAAAUUUUCGUGCAUUUGAUCCGAGAAGAGAUUUAAAAAAUGUGUCUUUACUCAACUCACAGCGUCAAGGCGAUUUUUUAAAAAAUCUUUCUAGAAAUUUUUUGUUUCGCCAUGAUAAAGACAUACCUAAGAAACGAAAAAAACGUAUACCGAAACUUAUUUUAUUACAAAAUCCCUUUACUUGGGUUAUGAUCAAAAUAGAUUUUUGUGUAUUAAGACGUGUUUGGGAUCCCGAGUUUCAAGAGAAAGAAUUCAAAUUUGGAACUCGGCAGGCGAUAUCUCGGGUGACGCAAGUUAUAAGCCAGGGUCAGUAUGGCGAUUUGAAUGGAUUGCUUACAAAAGCUGCCCGAUCAAGUCUAGUACGUGAACUAGAUCGUAAUUGGAGUGAAAAACAGCGAUCUUUGAUAGCUCUUAAGAGAGAUGAUAUACAAAUAUCAUCGCCACGGAAAGUCUAUUUCAUAAAAAUUGGCGAUAAAAGGUUCUGUGACAUAGAUAUGGCAUUUUUAGCAUUGAAAUGGGCUCCAAUUAAUAGCAUCGAAGCGCUUUUAUUUGCUGAAAUAUUUGCCCGUUUUCAUCGUGAGUACACACCACACAGUAUACCGGAAUGGACAAUAGCUUAUUUUAAAGUGACCCGAUUUGAAAUUUUACGACGAUAGCCAUUCUAUUUAUAUAAAAUAAAAUAAUGCAUCUAAGCGUGUGUACGAAAUCAAAUUUCACAUAAAUCUUCCUGAUAAAAAAUAUUUAUGUA